AUGCUGCGGCAGGAGAACGAUCGGCUGCGCAGCGAGGCGCAAACGGAGAGGGCAGAGAACGCAAUGCUGCGGCAGGAGAACGAUCGGCUGCGCAGCGAGGCGCAAACGGAGAGGGCAGAGAACGCAAUGCUGCGGCAGGAGAACGAUCGGCUGCGCAGCGAGGCGCAAACGGAGAGGGCAGAGAACGCAAUGCUACGGCAGGAGAAUGACCGGUUGCGCAGCGAGGUGAUGCGGCUGCGGUCGGUGCUGGCGGGUGCUGCAUGCCCUGCAUGCCACACUCGCCUCGUGCCGGGGAGUGGAGGUGAUCCCAUGCACGAUGCCUCGGCUGUGGCAGCUCAACUCAUGGAGGAAAACGCGCACCUCAAGAACGAGGUGGGAGGGGUUCAAUCCAUGGCAUUGGUGAUGCGGCUGCGGUCGGUGCUGGCGGGUGCUGCAUGCCCCGCGUGCCACACUCGCCUCGUGCCACGGAGUGGUGGUGAUCCCAUGCACGAUGCCUCGGCCGUGGCGGCUCACCUCAUGGAGGAGAACGCGCACCUCAAGAACGAGGUAAGGCUUAGCACUAGGCCAUUGGUGAUGCGAACUGCCGUGACGUGGCAUCUGGCAGCAAGGGGCGCUGUGGAUCCCAUGGGAUCUGCCUGCCACUCUCCCCCUGCUUCCACCAUCGUUAUUCCCCGUUUCAUCCCUCUCCCCGUUUCUGCUAUCCCCUAUAUUGUCUCUUCGCCAUCGCGUCCAUCCAUCACAUGGCAGAUAGAGCGAGUGUCGAUGCUGGCAGCGCGGCAGCUGGCAGCAAGGGGCGCAGUGGAUCCCAUGGGGCCCGCCACAGUCGCUGCUCUCAACGCUGCUGCUGCUGGCGCCAUGCAGGCCGCAGCCAUGGGCGCGGGCGGGGGGAACAUGACUGCUGCCGGCAAUGGUGGCGGUGGUGCUGGCGGGGGUGGGAAUGGGGGUGGGGGUAUGGAUGGUUUUGGUAGCCCUGGAAUGGUGCAGGAUGGCAGUGGUGCCAUGGGUAUGGGAGGCAGGGAUUUCGGUGGUGGUGCUGCUGGUGCUGCUGGUGCUGGUGGUGGGAGUUUUGGCAUUGAGUCGAGUGCCAAUGCUCUGCAACGCAUGCAGCAGUUUCAACAGCAGCAGCACCAGCAGCAACAGCAGCAGCAGCAGGCGAUGGGAGGGUUGCUAGGGGAUAUGGUCCCUUCGUCCCGAUUCAACACAGACGCAAGUCAAGGUGGCUUCUCUGCUGCUGCUGCUGCGGCAGCGGCUGCUGGGAGGGGAAUGGGAGAUCAUGGGAUGAUGGGAUUAGCUGCAAGUAUGGGUGCUGAUGCAUCAGCUGCUGCUGCAGCGAGAGCAGCAGCGGGAGGGGGGGCAGCAGGGGCGGGAGGCGUGGGGGCGAGUGGGAUGGACGGGUUGUCAGAAUUCCACCGCAGCAACACGGGGCGAAGCAACCACUCCAAUGCCUCUCCUCAUGCUGCUGCUGCUGCAGGAGGAGGAGGCGGAGGAGGGGGAGGGGGAGGGGGAGGGGGAGCAGGGAGCAGCAGCAGCGGUUUGCUAUACGACAUGGGGGGAAAUGGAGCUGCCCGCACUGCUGCUCAUGCUGACGCCACAGCAGCAGCGGCAGGCGGAGGAGGGGGAGGGGGAGGUGGAGGAGCAAACGGGUCUUUGUUCGGUCUGGCUAGCGGGCUGGGGCUAGCAGCAGGAGGAAUAGGAGGAGUGGGAGGAGCGGGAGGAGCAGCAGCAGCAGGGGGGGCAUUAGGACUAGGCCCAGGAUUCCCAGCGUCGUUGCGGACAGGCGGGGGCAUGAUCAACCCAGUGGGGGGGGAGGCCAUGGGCGCACUGCUAGGCGCAUCAGGGGAGGGCGGGGGGUUGUCAGACUCAGAGAGAGAUGUGGUGAUGGACCUAGCUGUCUCCUCUCUAGAGGAGCUGGUAGGCUUGGCGCAGAUCAACGAACCUCUCUGGCUCCCGGGCCUGCUCUCCCGAGCCUUCGACAGGCACGGGAGUGGCGGGAGCGGGGGAAGCGGGGGCGCGGGGGGCGGCGGGGGGGUAGGGGCGGCGGGGAACGGGGGGAUGGGGAAUGGCGGAGGGGGCAUGGCGGGGAAUGGGGGCGAGCAGCUGAACCGCACGGAGUAUCGGCUGCGGUUCCCCAACUGUGUGGGCGACGGCCCUCCGGGGCUGUCCAUUGAAGCAUCGAGGGCGCGCGGAGUGGUGUCGCUGAACGCACUGGCCCUGGUGGAGCUUUUCAUGGAUCCCGUGAAGUGGGCGGAGAUGCUGCCCUCGCUGGUGUCCCGCGCCGUGGUGGUUGAUGUCAUUUGUGUGGGCAACGAACCCACGCAGCGCAACGGCACUCUGCAACUGAUGUACCUGGAAACGCAGAUGCUCACACCCCAGGUGCCAACACGGGAGGCCUUCUUCCUGCGCUACUGCAAGCAGCUCUCCCCCACCUGCUGGGCCGUGGUUGACGUGUCUGUGGAUCGCCUCAGAAGCGAGCCUCCUCCUGUCAUGCUCAAGUGCCGAAGACGGCCAUCAGGCAUCCUCAUUCAGACCAAUCGUGGCAGCAGCAUUGGGAUUCGGAGCGGCGAGGUGGAUGGCAGCGCUGCACCACCAGUGCGUGCGGUUUGGAGAGCUGCUCGACCAAUCGUUUCGGCCGCUCUGGGCUUUGGAGCGGCGAGGUGGAUGGCAGCGCUGCACCACCAGUGCGUGCGGUUUGGAGAGCUGCUGGGGAACCCCACAUCGAGGGACAGUGGCAUCGUGUCGCAGCAGGGCCGCCGCGCCAUGCUCCGCCUUGCCGGCCGCAUGCUCUCCAACUUCUGUGUUGGGCUCUCCUCCUCCACCAGGCAUUCCUGGAAGGUGAUUGACAACUCAGACCGCCCCUCGGCUGCCAGUACCGCUGCAGGGGGGGCCGCCGCAACUGCUGGCGCAAGCACUGCAGGGGGAGGGGGGAUGGGGGGCGAGGGGGAGGGCAUGGGGGCCGCAGGGGGGCCGUCAGCAGCAGCAGCGGCGAUGGGGGCGGUGGAGGUGUGGGUAGCGAUGAGACGCAGUGUGACGGGCGCGGGGGAGCCUCUGGGGUUUCUGCGCAACGAACAAACAAGGCGUGAGUGGGACAUCCUAACGAGCGGGUCAGUGGUGUCAGAGAUGGGGAGAAUACCCAUAGGCGUGGACCAUGGCAACUGUGUGUCGCUGCUUAAAGUGCAGCAGGCAGCAGCAGGUCCAGGAGCACAGACCAACAUGCUCAUUCUCCAGGAGACCACCUUCGACCCCUCAGGAGCCCUCAUAGUGUACGCACCGGUGGACAUACCAGCAAUGAAGGAGGUCAUCUCAGGCGGCUCCUCUGACUCGGUCGCCCUCCUCCCCUCGGGCUUCUCUCUCCUCCCCGACUGCGCCCUCUCCUCCAACCAACGAGUAGCUCUCUUCCACGCCGCUCCUGUCCAGCCCACCGCGGGCGGCGCAGCCUCGGCAGCAUUUGCCGGGGGGCCGGGGGGGAACGGCGGAUAUGGGGGGGCGGAGGAGGCGUGGCAGCAGGGGGGCGAGGUGGAUAGUCUGGCAGCGCAGGCCAUGCGGAGUGCUGCGAGGAAGAGGGCGCUGGGGCAUGUGCCGGAAGGAUCCAUUCUCACUGUCUCCUUCCAGAUUCUCGUCAGCCCUAACCCCCAGGUAUGA